AAAAUAAAACCACAAUCUAAGUCCAAGAGAUGAGUCAGCAGAGUGGGGGUGGGCAUGGUAAUUCGCAAUGGCGGGGCCGCGGCUUUGGAUGGAGAGGCCGUGGCAAAUACUUCAACACUUAUGGAAGAGGAAGGGGCCGAGGAGGACAACAAUCAAACAACCGAGAUAAAAGCCAGUCCAGAGCAUCCCAAUCAAGUCAAACCCAGCCAGACAGACCACGUUAUGUUCAGACCCAGCUUGACAAUCUUACUCCAUACAAAGGAUGGAAGAUAUACUUCCCAGAUGAUGUUUAUUCAGAGUUCUCACCUACCGUUCAGAAGAUACAACUGUUUGAAAAAUUCUUUGUUUCGUGGAAGCUGACCUAUAAAUUUGCUAAGUUGGAGGCUGAUGGAUUCUUUAUGAUUGACUUCAAGGAAUUGGAAGCCAAUGAAGUUGUAAAGGAAGGCUACCCAGUAUUUUUGGAGGAGCUGCGCAGUAACCCUGAAAUGGUCAUCAACACCCUUGGUUUAGCUAUGCACCAGAUCAUGUGUCAAGAACAGGACCAGGUAUCCAACAACAAUAAUACUCAGGGACCGUCAAUACCAUACAGUUUACCCAAGAUCCAUGCCAGAAUAAUCAACUAUGACGGGAUCAUUCAUCUCAAAAAUCUUAAGGCGAACUAUUAUGGGAAAUUUUUGUCUGUGAAAGGGACUGUGGUCCGGGUCGGUAACAUCAAACCUAUCUGUACGAGGAUGGCCUUUGAGUGUGGCACAUGCAGUGGAAUACAAGCUAUUAAUCUACCAGAUGGGAAAUACAUCCUACCAACAAAGUGUCCAGCACCUGACUGUAGAGGGAGGACCUUUUACCCGAAGAGGGAAUCCAGUUUGACGGAGACAGUAGAUUGGCAAAGUAUCAGGGUUCAGGAAAUAAUGACUGAUGAUCAUCGAGAAUCUGGUAGAAUUCCAAGGACUGUUGACUGUGAGCUAACAGCAGAUUUAGUUGACAGCUGUGUACCUGGCGACAUGGUGACCGUCUCCGGUGUUGUAAAAGUCACCAGCACCGACAGUGGUUACUCCAAGAACAAUAAAGACAAGUGCAUGUUCCUGCUUUACAUCCAUGCCAACUCCGUCAACAAUGCCAAGGGGAACAAAGUCACAGGGGACCAAGGGGCAGGGGUUGCCAUGGAGUUCUCGGUGAAGGAAUUGUAUGCUAUUGAAGAGAUCCAGGAAGAACAGAAUUUGUUCAGAUUGAUAGUUGGGAGCCUGUGUCCGUCCAUCUAUGGACAUGAGACGGUGAAAGCGGGUCUUGUCCUUGGUCUGUUUGGAGGUUCACAGAAGUACGGCAAUGACAAGAAUCACAUCCCUGUGCGAGGAGAUCCUCACAUUCUCGUGGUUGGAGAUCCCGGCUUAGGGAAGAGUCAGAUGUUGCAAGCUGUCGCUGGAGUAGCUCCAAGAAGUGUAUAUGUUUGUGGUAAUACUACGACUACUGCUGGACUUACAGUGACCUUGUCUAAGGAGGGUGGUUCUGGUGAUUAUGCCCUGGAGGCUGGUGCCCUUGUUCUUGCUGAUCAAGGAUGCUGCUGCAUUGAUGAGUUUGAUAAGAUGGGGAACCAGCAUCAGGCACUCUUAGAAGCUAUGGAACAGCAGAGUAUUAGCAUUGCCAAAGCUGGCAUUGUAUGUAGUCUUCCUGCAAGAGCAUCGAUCAUCGCAGCAGCUAACCCUGUGGGUGGACACUACAACAAGGCAAAAACUGUCUCGGAAAAUCUCAAGAUGGGCAGUGCACUUCUCUCCAGAUUUGAUCUUGUCUUCAUAAUGCUGGAUAGACCUGAUGAGGAAAUGGACAGUAUGCUCUCUGAACAUGUGAUGUCUCUUCAUGCUGGGCAAAAGAAAACUAAAGCUGCCAUAGGAACAAAAAGGAAAAGCAUGGAUGACAUGAUGGAUGAAAGCAGAAGACAGUGGGAGGCAGACAAACCAUUAUCGGAACGCCUCAAGACUCCAAGGGAUGAAUCAUUUGAUCCUCUCCCUGCACAACUGCUCAGAAAGUAUAUCGGUUAUGCAAGGAAGUACGUGCAUCCCUCAAUAGGUGCUGACGCUGCUGCGCUAUUACAGAAGUUCUAUCUCGACUUGCGAAAGAAUCAUCACAGUAAGGACAGCACUCCCAUCACCACACGACAGUUGGAGUCACUCAUCAGACUGACUGAGGCCCGAGCUAGAUUAGAAUUGCGAGAAGCAGCGACAGCCCAAGAUGCCCAAGAUGUAAUCGAUAUCAUGAAGGACAGCAUGAUGGAUACGUUUUCAAACGAGUUUGGAUUCCUCGACUUUCAGCGAUCUCAACAUGGCUCUGGCAUGAGCAGUAAAUCUCAGGCAAAGAAAUUUGUGUCCGUGCUGCAGAAAAUUGCUGAGCAGACUUACAACUCAUUAUUCGCUGUGCAGCAGAUGAGACAGAUAGCUCAGGAUGCUGGGAUUCAGGUCAAGGACUUCGAGGGAUUUGUUAGUUCACUCAACAACCAGGGAUUUUUGCUGCAGAAAGGCCCAAGGGUCUAUCAACUACAGACCACUGGAUUCUAAUGAUUGGGGCCAUGAGUUUACGGACAGAACUAGAAAGGGAAUUGACAUUCUCUCAUGAUAUGUGAUCGUGGACUGGACAAAGAGAACAUUUCAAUGAUGUU